CCCCUCACACAAAACUCGUUUUAUCUGUCCUUCCUCCCAAUCGUUUCUUUACUUAUUAGAUCUAAAAACAACUGAUAUUCUUCUCCAUCCAUCUCUCUUCUUCUUAAUUUUAAGUGUUUAGAGUAACAUGGGUAGUGAAGCUUUGUUGUUUUUUUCUUGUGAUAAUAAUGGUUUUUGCUAUGAACCAAAAAAGAACAUAACUAUAGAGGAAACUGAAAAUCUUCCCACUAUUCAUGAUGGUUCUUGGUUUGAAGAAGAGAUUGAUGUUGAUCUCAAGUGGUCUUUUGCUUUGAACAGUGUGCUGCAUAAAGGAACAAGCGAGUACCAAGAUAUUGCUCUUUUGGACACGAAGCAUUUCGGGAAGAUAUUGGUGAUAGAUGGGAAGAUGCAGAGUGCAGAAGUGGAUGAAUUUAUAUAUCAUGAAUGUCUUAUUCAUCCAGCUCUCUUAUGUCACCCAAACCCCAAAAAUGUGUUCAUAAUGGGAGGUGGUGAAGGGUCAGCAGCGAGGGAAGCACUCAGACACAAAUCUAUGGAGAAAGUUGUCAUGUGUGACAUUGAUCAGGUGGUUGUUGAUUUCUGCAAGAAGCAUUUAACAGCAAACUAUGAGGCUUUUCUUAACAAGAAGCUUAACUUGGUCAUUAACGAUGCCAAAACUGAACUAGAGCAGAGGCAAGAAAAGUUUGAUAUAAUAGUUGGGGAUUUAGCUGAUCCAGUUGAAGGAGGACCUUGUAACCAACUAUAUACCAAAUCUUUUUACGAAAAUAUCCUUAAACCUAAGCUUAAUGACACUGGCAUCUUCGUUACUCAGGCUGGACCAGCAGGGGUUUUUACACACAAGGAAGUUUUCUCAUCUAUUUACAACACAACCAAGCAGGUUUUCAAAUAUGUGCUGGCAUAUACAGCUCAUGUACCCUCAUUUGCUGAUACUUGGGGAUGGGUUAUGGCUUCUGACAAACCAUUUUGUCUUGAUGCUGGAAAACUGGACAAGAAAAUAGCAGAAAGAAUUGAAGGAGAAUUGUUAUAUCUUAAUGGUGCUUCAUUCUUUUCUUCCACCAUCUUGAACAAGACUGUUGCCAAAACGCUGAAGAAUGAGAUUCAUGUGUACACUGAAGAUGAUGCAAGGUUCAUUCAUGGGCAUGGAUUGGCAUACAGAAAUUAAGGUUUUCUGGUGGGGGAACUGUACAGCCAAAUGUUUGGGCAACAAAAGAAUAUGAAGUAAUAGGGGUGGGGUGUUGAAACAUUAAGUGUUCGCUUCAAGAUAUUUAUUGUUUAGUAGCUUUUGAUUUGGUCAGCAGCAUAGGCUUAGGCUUCUUCUGAUUGUCCAAUGACUAUAUUUACUAUUUCAUCAUUUCAUGUAAUGGGAAGACUUGAAAAGAAGAAAAAUCAUUUUCUAUCACAA